AGUGCGCCGCUUGUCGAGACAACAUCCGGUUCUUUGUAGAGAUGGCCAUUCUGGGGAUUCAAAUCCCAUACAGAUUACCGACAUGGGAGGACAACGGCGCAUACGAAGCACUUCUCCGGAGGCACAGCCGCUGCAAUGCCAGCGAAUGCCUUUACCAUGGAGGCAGAGAGCAGGCAGAGGGGAGUGGGCCCUGGCAGCUGCUCCUGUGCAGCUCCUGCGCUGCUGAGGGCACCCACCGACAGUGCUCCCACUUGAGUAACACCACGGCCACGUGGGAGUGCGACGGCUGUGCUGGACCUGGGUACCAGCACCG